AUGGAGAACAAGAAUAACAAGAGAAAAGAUCAACCUUCAUCAGCCUCCACCAACCACCACCACCGCCGCCGCAACGUGAAACCAAAGCUUGCGGCGGUUACUCCUCCCAAUCCAGAGCCUCAAGAACAAGAAAUCAGAGAAUUGCAGACACUCACUCUCUUCCCUACCGAACCAACAUUCCAAUCUUCACCUUCUUCCAGUCAUUCACAAGAUCCAGAGUUUUCAUCGCCACCACAGCCACCACCGGCACGGGCCGUCACCGACGACCUCAACAUAGUCAUCACUCCUCCGUUUCCAUGGGCCACUGAUCGUCCAGCGAAAAUCCACACACUCCAAUAUCUCAACCAAAACAAGAUCUUAACAAUCAACGGAGACGUUCAAUGCGGAAACUGUCGCAAAAGAUUCGAAAUGGAGUUUGAUUUAAAUAAAAAGGCUGCAGAGCUUGGAAAGUUCUUGAAGGAUCGUGGAGCUUCCUUGCAUAGUAGAUGUCCAAAAGAGUGGAAGAACCCUAAUUCAAUUGCAUGCAAAUUCUGCCGCCAAGAAAAAAGUGUGAAGCCUGUUAUUGGAAACCGGAAGGAACACUCCAUUAAUUGGUUGUUUCUUUGGUUGGGUCAGUUCAUAGGGUUCUGCAAUUUAGAAGAUUUGAGGUAUUUUUGCAAGUACAAUAAAUUGCAUAGAACUGCAGCCAAAGAUCGCUUUGUUUUCAACGUUUACAAUGAAAUCUUCAAACAACUCAUUCAAGCCAAUUAG